UCUUAGAAGAGACGGCUGGUCAGGAUGUGGCUGCUGGUGUUUGUGGGUUCUGUGCUGAUCUGGGCCGGAGGAACGCUCUGGUUCCUGAGGAGGAAGCCCAGUCCGUUUUCAGCGGCGUCGGUGAGGCCCGCAGGACCUUUAGAGCUGGACCAGAAGACGAGAGACAGGGUGCUCAAACAAGGAUUUACCAAGGACAGGAUCCCAGAGAAUCUGGAUGCGGUGGUGAUCGGCAGCGGGAUCGGAGGGAUGACGGCUGCAGCGACGAUGGCCAAAGCAGGGAAGAGAGUCCUGGUUCUGGAGCAGCACGACGUGUCCGGAGGCUGCUGUCACACCUUCACCGAGAAGGGCUUCGAGUUCGACGUGGGACUCCACUACUUUGGUCAGCUGCACGAAAACGGUCUGCUGAAGGUCGCUUUUGACCAAAUCACCGAGGGUCAGCUGGAGUUUGUGGAGCUGCCACAGCAUUUCGACAGCGUCGUGAUCGACGACAACGGAGAGCGGAGAGACUACGCCGUCUUGAGCGGCAAGAGCGAGAUGGAGCAGAACCUGAAGAAGUGCUUUCCUGAUGACGUCAGAGCUGUGGAGGAGUUCUUCAAGAUCAUGAAGGUCACAGCCAGGCAGAUUCCCUUCUUGGCCGUCCUAAAGCUGAUUCCUGAGUGGUUGGCUCUGUUUCUGCUCAAAAGCGGCAUCGCUAAUCUCUUCUCGUCCAUCUUUCGUCUCUCAGUCUCUAACGCCACGGAGGUCAACAACAGACUGACCUCCAACAAGGACUUGCAUUUGAUCUUCUCAUAUUUCUUUUACGGUGUUCCUCCUAAAGACUCCAGCUGCAUGAUCAACGCUCUGAUGCUGCAUCACUUUAAGCGUGGAGCGUAUUACCCCAAAGGGGGCGCCAGCGAGAUCCCCUUCCACAUCACUAGAGUCAUUCAGAAACACGGGGGCAGAGUUCUGGUCCGAGCGCCGGUCAGCCGCAUCCUCGUUGAUGGGAAAGGAGCUGCUUACGGAGUGACAGUGAAGAAAGGAGACGAAGACGUGGAGAUUAGGGCUCCUGUCAUCAUCUCCAACUGUGGGAUCUUCAACACCUUCCAGAAGCUCUUACCUCCAGAAGUACAAGUUAAACCGGAGAUUCAGAGUCGUCUGGACAUGAUGAGGCCAGGUAAAGCCUCGUUCCUGCUGUUCUCGGGGUUCGAUGCCACGCAGGAAGAGCUAGGAAUUGUGCCCAACAGCAUCUGGCUCUUCAGAUCCAACGACAUGGACGCCAUGAUGCAGGAGUUCUUCAGUAUGAGUAAAGAUGAAGCACCGGAGAACAUCCCCAUGGCCCUCGUCACCUUCCCUUCAGCUAAAGACCCCACGUCACAGAUCCGGCACCCAGGCAAGUCGUGUAUGACCAUCCUGACCAUGGUGAACUACGAAUGGUUCGAGGAGUGGAGAGACACCAGAGUGAGGAAGAGAGGAGGCGAUUACUUCGACUAUAAGAUGAGAUUCGGCCGCUGUCUGUUUGACUGGGCCUGCGAACACUUCCCGAAGCUCCGAGACAAGCUGGUCUUUCAGGAGGCGGCCACUCCUCUGACAAACACACACUAUCUGAGCUGUAAUCUAGGGGCCAUCUACUCUGCUGACCACAAUCUGGAGCGUUUCUACGCCGAGGCCAUGGCCCGAAACCGAUGCGACACUCCGGUCAAGAACCUUUACCUGUCAGGACAGGAUAUCUUCAGCUGCGGCGUCGCCGGGGCUCUUCACGGAGGUCUUCUGUGUGCCUCCACCGUCCUCAGAUACCCCGUCUACAUCGACCUGCUGCUCAUCAAGAAGAAGCUGAAGUGGAGGAGAGCGAAGGAGGCCAAGCACAAGCAGCACUGAUCCUACAGAAACACCAGAGAGCUUCUAGAAAGAUGAAGAUCAGCCCCGAACUGUUGCUUUGGGGUUAUUUGUUAUAUAUCUGUUUUAUGUUUAAACCUAUAGCACUGCAUGCCUAUAAAACACAUUUAAUAAUCUAGAAAAUAGCAAUAAAUUCAUAGAUUUUUUUUUCUCUCCAUUAUGUACUUUUUUAUUUGACUUUAACAUUUUACACUAUAUAGUGCUGAAGUAAGUUUGCAUUACCCUGUUCCCUAAAAAGAAUUAAUAAUAUAAUUUUUUUAAAUAUAUGAAUUUUAAUUAGACAUUUUUAUAAAUGUUUUUGAAUUUUAUAUAUAUAUUAUAAAUAUGUUCCACAGAAGUAAAACAACUAAAUAUA